AUGCAGGCGCGCACAGCGCUGAUGGCGCUAGCGGCGUUGGGCGCGCUAGCGACAGCAGCGGCGGCGGCCGAGCGCGGCGGUGGAAUCAAGGUGGGCGGCGGUACGAUGGGUGGCGCGGGCCGAGACGGCGUGCGUGGCAGUGGCGUGAGACUUGGACUCGGUGACGGAAUAAGGCGCGCGCGUACUUCGCCCGCACCACCACCGCCUCGGGCACCGUCCGUUAUAACCGCUGCCCUCGUUGUUCCCCACAAAGCCUUUGGAACACGCGACUACACGAAAGCCGAGAAGGCAGCUCUAUCAAAACUGCCACGCAAACUAAAACUAUUUUCGCAAGUGCGUCUUAAUGUUACACUUUCUACGCAAGGCCUGACGCCGAGUCCAAUGUCUAUUUUAGAUUCCCUCUGUAAGGAGUUUUUAGCAGUCAACGUAUCUGCCAUUCUCUAUCUCAUGAAUCAUGAACAGUACGGGCGCUCUACUGCAUCUGCACAGUAUUUUUUACAACUCGCAGGAUAUCUCGGAAUACCGGUUAUAGCAUGGAAUGCCGAUAACAGUGGGUUAGAGAAACGGGCAUCGCACGCGUCUCUACGUCUCCAGUUAGCCCCGUCCAUUGAACAUCAAACAGCAGCUAUGUUGUCUAUAUUAGAGAGAUACAAGUGGCAUCAAUUUAGUGUUGUCACUUCAGCUAUUGCUGGACAUGACGAUUUUAUACAAGCCGUGCGCGAAAGAGUGACAGCGUUGCAGGAUCGUUUCAAGUUCACGAUUCUGAAUGCUGUAGUAGUAAAGCAACCAUCUGAUCUCAAAGAAUUAGUCACGAGUGAGGCACGAGUAAUGCUACUGUAUGCUACACGCGAAGAAGCAGCAGAUAUUUUGUCAACAGCAAGUGAUCUCCAUCUUAUAGGAGAGAACUUUGUUUGGAUCGUCACACAAAGUGUUCUUGGUUCAUUGCAGCAGCCAAACAAAUUUCCUGUAGGCAUGUUAGGUGUACACUUCGACACUUCGAGCUCUUCACUUAUCGCGGAAAUAGCGACAGCUGUGAAAGUGUUUGCAUACGGAGUGGAAUCUUAUAUUUCCGACGCCGAAAAUAUACGCUACCCUCUCGGUACUCGGCUGUCGUGCAGCGGUGCCGGUGCAGGUGAAGCUCGCUGGUCUACCGGGGAAAGGUUUUAUCAACAUUUGCGUAACGUUAGCGUUGAUGGCGAAGCGGGCAGACCAAACAUAG